AUGAAGAACGGAAACAGUGAAGUAUAUUUAAGUCUAUAUGGAGUCCAUUUUGUUAAUAAUGGAAGUGUAUAUAUGAGCGCGGCCGAGAGGAAUCAGCUAUGGUUUGAAGAUUUACUACGAAGUAUGCCAUCCGAGGCGUUGUUUGACAAAAUAAAACCUCUCUUACUUUCAAUAAUUAAUGACAAGAUCAGAAAGUAUGAUGAAAUGUUUAUUCGUGGGGAAGAAACGAUAGUCGAACAUGUCCCUGUACACACAACUCCAGCAUCUUGCCGUUAUGUUCUCUUACUUCAACUGCAUCCACUUUCCCCAUCCACAUCUGCAUCACCCGAUCUUUCUCAAACUAUAUUUCACAAAACUCUUACUUCUUUCCGCAUCCCACUACUCUCUGCCUCUCUGUUCACCUACUCUCCCGACUGCAAAGUGAGUUCAAUUAGUCAAGAUGUAAAGGGAAUACAGCUGAUAAAGUAUUAUUCGAAAGCAGUCAGUUAUGCUAUCAUGGCCUGUUUAGUGACUGUCGUGCAGAUUUACUUGGUUCGAAUGCAGAUCAAAUACAAUUCUUCGGCACUGGGUCUUUCGCGAGUCUCUUAUUGGACGAUAGCAGUUCAAGCAAUAAUGGACGGGUAUCUCUGUCUUCUUCACAUAACCACAGGGAUUCUGAUAGAGUCUGUCUUCUUUCCUUUGGCAUCGGCGGCAUUCUUUUCCUUUGUGCUCGUUUCCUUAUUCGAGAUGCGAUAUCUACUGGCAAUUUGGCAUGUGCAAAAGUCAGAAGUCGUUUCCGUCAGAAGUGGCGUUGGAAUCGUUACACAACGUGGGACCACGAGCGCACCACACGGAAGAAUGCAUUCGUCCCCGUUACCCUCCGCAAAUGACUCUAAAAGUGAACUAGGCGGUAUCUGUGCUAAAUGUUAUGUCGGUCUACUCGUUGGAGUGUUCAUAAUUAUACGGUCUGCCUCGUUCUCGGAUCUUUUCCAAGACAUUGUUGCAAUCUUAUUAGUCUUGUCGAUGUUCAGUUUCUGGGUCCCUCAAAUAUUGAGGAACGUUAUUCGCAACACGAGAAGAGGGUUGAAUCUAUAUUAUGUUGUUGGAAUGUCGUUUACUCGUCUCGUUAUGCCGCUUUAUUUCCUUGCGUGUCCGAAGAAUGUUCUCGGGAGAGAGCCUUCGCCAUUGAUUUAUGUGAUUAUGUCGUAUGUAGGAGCACAAGUGCUUAUUCUUAUUGCUCAAGAGUGCUUCGGGCCGAGAUUUUUUGUUCCUGCUAAAUAUCUUCCUCCAACGCACGAUUAUCAUCCAAUCCUGGAUGAGAUGUUAGCUGCAGGCCGUUGCUGUGCCAUCUGCAUGACUGCAGUCGAUGUUUCCGAAAGAAAGUCAAGAAAUGAGCAUAUGGUGACGCCGUGCUGUCAUGUGUUCCAUACUGGGUGUUUGGAACAGUGGAUGAAAAUUAAACUCGAGUGUCCGAUAUGUCGUUCUCAUCUGCCAAUUUCUUAA